CACAUUUCUACAAGCAGCCACACCACACCACACCGCACUCAAUUUCUUCGCUGACUCCGUCUCACCUCCACCGCGCCACCGCCAUCACCGCCGCGAAGCUACUCCUCCAAAUCCUCAACUCAAUGCCGGCCCAAAAGCGUCCCACCGAGACCACCACUCCGCCUCCUUCUCCGCCGCUACCGCUCGAGGAAGAAAAACCCGAAGAUUCGCUCCAGGAAAGCGAGAAUCACAACCAAGACCAGACCGUCAACUCCAGCGAUUCCGACGAGAGCUCUGACUCUAGCGAUGCAGAAAAAGACGAAUUUAUUACGGUGAAGUUGGGAGAAAUACGCAAGGAAGUGCAGUGCCCAAUAUGUUUAGGUAUAAUUAGGAAGACAAGGACAGUCAUGGAAUGCUUACAUCGUUUCUGCAGAGAAUGCAUUGACAAAUCCAUGCGCUUAGGCAACAACGAAUGUCCAGCUUGCCGCACACAUUGUGCUAGCCGCAGAUCCUUGAGAGAUGAUCCGAAUUAUGAUGCCCUGAUUGCCACUCUGUAUCCUGAUAUUGAUAAAUAUGAGGAGGAGGAAUUGGCUUUCCAUGAGGAGGAGAAUGCUCGCAAUAAGCAGAUACAAGCUUCUAUUUCCCAAACAUUUCGUCGGCAAGCUGAAGCACUAGGAAAGAAGCGAACAUCAGCCAGAGUCACUGCAGCAGCGUUUGUCAGGCGACAGGGCAAUUAUCGAAAUUUGAGAGGUCGGCGAAAUCGGACAGCUGAUCACCAAGGAUCUGAUGAAGAGGAUGGAACUAAUGGAAAUGAUGGUAGCAAAGACUCGUCAUCAGCUGAUGAACGCUCUCCAGACAUGAAAUCUAAGAGAUAUAAAAGACGGCGUGGAGCUCGGACUUCACAAACAUCAGGAGCAAAUGCAGAUGGAGGUUCUGAUGAUAAUAAUUCUGAUACCAACAGAGAAUUAUUAAGUGCUUCAGCUGGAAUUAUUGGAGGUACAGAAGUUUUUGCCUGGGGACGAGGUGGCAUGCGCAGUAACGGCCGGCAUGGUGGUCAUUGUUGGGAUAACAUCAAACUUUCCAGGAAUAACCGGCUUUCAAAGCUAGUUGAUCAUCUCCAAUCUUCAAAGGAAAAUGAAGAGUUGAAAGUCAGUCUGACACUUGUGUCAUUGCUUGAGGACAAAAUGCCCAGCCUGAAGCGACCUUACCUCUGCUGCAGUCCUCGAUCAUCAGUGAGACACUUAUGCCAGUAUGUUGCUAUGCAGACAUCCACUGAAGCUAGUGAGAUUGAGAUACUAAUAAUUAAAGAUUUUCAUCCUGUAAACAACUCUUCAAUUAUCAAAAAUGAGCCUGGCAUUCUCAAUGCUUGCCACAAUGAGUUGCAGCUUUUGAACGAGAAUCAGACACUGGGGGAAAUUCAUGGCAGUUUUACUCAGCAGAAUCUGGUUAUUGCAUACCGGCAGAAGGUGCAAGGUGCAUGUAAUUGACUGGGAUGGAGCUUAAUCUCUCUCUCAAAUGAACUAGUAUGAUGCAGGAAACAAAUCUGAUUUUAUAUAUUUAAAACUACAUAUUUUGUGGAUAUUACAUACCGAUGAAUUUAUGACUCUUGUACAAUCAAUUCUAGUGUAAGUUUAUAUCUGGUGGCUUCACAUUA